ACUCUCAAUGCAGAUUUAAAGACUUGUUCUUUUCACCAAGCAUUUUAUGUUAGUCAGGGAAAUGUCAUUCAAGCCUACCUACGUAACGGAACUGCCAUCGGACAUCUUUAUAGUAGAUCCACAUCUAUCAAGUUUUCAGCACUGGCCCAUGAUUUUGAAAAGAAAACUCUAUUUUACGUCUCUACCGCUAGCUUUGGAUCUACCUUAUACAUGAUACAACCUGCAAAUCUCAAAACUACUGUGCUCGACUUUACGCUAAUGCAAAUCACGGCAGUUGCAUUUGAAAAAGCAUCAAAUACGAUAUAUUAUGCACAAUCUAAUGGUAAAAUUAAAGCUGUGAAAGAUGUGUAUGGAAAAAGACCAAACAAGAUGAUCUUUAACGUAAAAAAACCUACAGCUCUUGACAUUGAAUCUUGUUUUGGGUACCUAUUUAUAGCAGAUUCAGGUUCUCGGUCCAUCAUACGCUAUGACACAAGACAUAACAUAUCUUUUACAGUCGUAGACGGAUUAUCAUUACCCAACGCGUUAACAGUGGAUAAACUGACUGAAAAAUUGUUCUGGGCGGAUACAACAACUGAUUCGUAUGUGUACAAAUAUAAUUUCUAAUUCUUUAUCAUUGGACUCCUGGUCAUUAGACCUUUUUUUUGUUGCGUUUUUUAAGCCUCUUCUGACGAAGGGGGUAAUCCUUUCUUCAGAAAACGUGGCACGCAUAUAGUGUGUUAUAUUUUGAAUAAAUAAACAUAAAUUAUAAUUUUGCUCGCA